AUGUCCACGCAGCCCCAUCAAUUGGACACCUCGGUUUCGAGCUCGUCAAUGGUCGACUCGUCAUCGCGGCUCUCGAGCAGCCCGGAGUCAUCAUCCAGCUCACCGCUCGACUCGCUCGCGCAAACUCUCGGUUCGGUACUUCCUGGUCAAGACUCGUCCUCAUCCGAAGACCACGAUUCUGGACUCAACUCCAACGGUGAAUUGGAGCCUCAACGACGAUCAUCUCUGGGAGAGUCGGAUGAUGCUCUUCGCCUAUACCGCGUCGGGUGAGUAGCUGCUCUUCGUUCGGGCUCUGGGCGCAGGGGUCUAGUGCGCUAGGCGAGAGACAACCGUUUCUGACCACGUCAUCCUUCGUCCUCGCUUUCUUUUUAGUCUUCACCAUUACACCCGAGCUCAAUUUGCGGACUUCAAAAGGGAACUCGAGACUCGUUCGAGUUUAUCACGGUCAUCCGCUGUCGGCGGUCGCAAGUAA